UGUUUUCAUUUUCGUCUUCGCGCGAUUCGCCGGUGCAACCAAAACAGAGCGCGAAAUAAAAAAUCCAAUAAAAUCACGUAACAAUGAUCGCGGCGCCGUCGGAACUGUCGCCUCCAUGCCGCUUCUGUUCCAGCCGGGGACCGACCGUAUCGCUGCUGGAAGGGGCCAGCUUCGUCGACGAUGGCGUGCUCCUUACGCUGGCCGAUGCCGUUUGCGAGGUGGCACAGGUGAAUCUGAACCUGGAAUCGCGCGGCUCGUUGGACAUUUGCACGGAGGAUUGCCUGGUGCUGCUGGAUAGCUGCUAUCGGUUCCGGGAACGGGUGCGCCUGGUGGAGUCGACACGGCGGAGGUUUGCGAGUGCGGAGGUGAAGCUGGAGAUAAUCGAGGAGGACGAGAACCAGUUUGACGAGGAGGAGUUUCUGGAGGAGGGAGAUGGCGCGGUUAAUAGGUUUGUGAUGCCGGCGGAUGGGUUGAUUGUUACACAUUUGGCUUUUGAGCACUUUGACUAUGUGGAGUUCCGGGGGGAAAGAUGCUGCGGGUGUGAGCUGAUCUGUUGCGAUGUGGUAGAGUUGCGGGAUCAUGUUGAAGGAAGUCAUCCACGGAGGGGGGAAGUCUCCGGACAGGGUUGUUCCAAUUGUGGCAGGGAGUUUAACAGUGUAGAAGAGCUGAACAAGCAUCGAGAACACUACUCGACCAAAGAGCUGUUGGUUUGUAAGCUAUGCCAGUUGAGCUUCAUUGACAAAGAAUCUCUCAUGCUGCACAUGGAAGAAAGUCCGGCUCAUAGAUCGAGUGACGACGGAAUUGAACCGGAUGAAGACGAAGAUGCUUGCGUUGAGCCGCCUCCCGCCGAAGGUUUGGACAUCGAGAUUGAGUUUACCGAUGCAGACCUGGAGAGUGAAACCAAUCACUUGAAGCUUCCGGAGGACAAACUGAUCAGCUCGAUUGAAGAUUUUGAACAGCACCGGAUCAUUACGGUUGUGGAGGGUUCCGAACGCUGCUGUGUCUGUGGCAUGUACUUCCAAUCUACGAAACAGCUUCUCGAACACGCCCGCCAAGAGCACAACAAAGAUAACAGGAUCGAGGGUAACCCAUUCUGCGAUGUCUGUCUCGAAUCGUACCGAACUUCCGGAUCGCUGAGCACCCACAAGACGUUGUGUCGACACGUCAAGAAGCUCUUCUACUGCAAGCUGUGCCAGCUGGUUUACAUUAGAAAGUUCCAGAUCGUGAACCACUUCAAACAUACGCCGAAUCACACCGAUGUUGUAGAUUAUUCAGCCAAAGAAAAGAAGAACUCUGCACAGACAAAACCGCAACAAAGUAGCAAAAACUCCGGCUUCGCAUGCUGCUUUCUCCGAUGCUCGUCCAUUUUCGACCAGGAACCGGAACUGAUGGCCCACGUGGAGGAUCAGCACGCGCCCCGCCGGGUCAUCAACCUCUCCCAGCGCACCAGCGAACAGUUCGUGUGCUCCGUAUGUCAACGCAACUUCAGCUCUCACCCUCUACUGCUCCUUCACCGCAAUCGCACCCUCAAGAAGAAACACAUUUGCAGCCACUGCGGCGAGCCGUUUCUCAUCCCGUCAAAGCUCCGCGAUCACGAACGCCUCGUCCACUCCCAGUCAGCGUCGCCCCUGCAUCCGUGCGAAGUCUGCGGUAAGGCCUUCCGCACGCCAAACCUCCUCAAAGCGCACCAGCUCACGCACGACGAGCGGCGAGACUUUGCGUGCGAGCAAUGCCCGGCCCGGUUCCAGUUCCGCUUCCAGCUGCGGAAGCACCUGAACGGCGUACAUCCGACCAGCUUCCCGUACCAGUGCGCCUUCUGCGAGAAGAAGUUUGCCGUCAAGGCGAAGCACGAUUUGCAUGUGCGCUCGCACACGGGCGCGAAGCCGUACACCUGCCGGUACGAGUCUUGCGGCAAGCAGUUUUCGCACGUGACCGACCGGAAGCGGCACGAGAUGGGAAUUCAUACUGGGGAGCGGCCGUAUCGAUGCGAUCACUGUUUGGUGGGGUUCAUCAGGAAGCGCGAGCUGUUGAUCCACGCGCAGAAGCACCAGCUGCAGGGGCAGGAGGUUUAGGGUUUUAACGUGUUUGAAUGUUUUUUGUAGAUUCGACUCAAAUAAAUGGUCAACUGUCUAAUCCAGUG